AAGUAUACUCUUUGUAAGAAGAAGAAGCGGAAAAAGGAACGAAACGAGUGUGUGUGUGUGUAUAGCUAGCUAGCUAGCUGGACUAGGCGAGAGCGUGAGAGCGAGAGCUAUAGCCAUCGGAAAGUGGGGGAGCAGGAGGAGUAGGUGAAAGAGUAGGAGCCGGAGAAGACGUCGAGCACCGCUCCGCUAGUGCACGGUCGAGCGUUGCCCACUACCGGUGUGUCCCGGCAGCGGCUCGUGCUGUGGUGCGUGUGUGUCGGUGUGUGUGUUUACGCGUGUGGGACCCCCCUUCUUUCCUCCCCUCUCCUUAUUACCCUGCCCUCUACAACCCCUAUGUACUCGUCCGAGAAGAAGAAGAAAAACAAGACGGGAAAGUCAAAGAAAUCUAAAAGUUUUGUUGUGCAUUUUUGGAGUGUGUGAGUGCGUGUGUGCCGUGCCGUUCAGUCGGUCCCCCCCGCUGAUUACACGCCGACUCGGGUUUUUAAAUACAAACCCCAUCGCGUCAUUUUUCAAAGCGACAAUUAGAUAACCGAACCACAAAAACAAAUUUGCCGAAACUUUUUCAACGGCGAGCGCGCACUUUCAGCGUGUUGCGUGUUUGCGUGAGUGUACAUGUGCGAGUGUCCAUCUUAACGGUGCGCUCCGAAAUAGGAUUGCCGACGAGAGAGAACCGAAUUUUAAAAAACAAAAAAAUCAACGAGAGAAGAAAAUUCGCCGUUUCUCUUCUUCCCCAUUUUGAUCUGUUGUGAUGUAAUACGCCAACGCCCGGCGUAUGUGUGUGAGUGCGUGAGUGAACGCGUGUCAUCUGUGUACUUCAGUCCUCACUGGAGACGCUGUCUGACAAGAGAGAGUUGUCAUCGGUGAAAGUUGUCCGAAAUUCGUUGGAGGAGUGUUGGAGCUGUUUCUCUUUCCCACCCCUCUUCUGGCUGUUGUUGAUCUGAGGAUCAGUUGGGCGACGCGCACAAUAACCCUUUUUACCAAAGAAAAAAAGUUCCCAGGGACAAAACCCCCAGCAUCAAGAUGGCGACGGUGGACGGAAGGCCGGCCCAGUAUGGGAUUUCUCUUAAACAGCUCCGAGAGGUGAUGGAGCUGCGGGGCAGCGAGGCCGUAGAACAAUUGCGUCAUUAUGGCGGAGUCCAGGAGCUGUGCAAAAAACUAUACACCUCACCAACGGAAGGAUUAUCCGGUUCGCCGAAGGACAUCGAACAUCGGCGGGAAACAUUCGGAUCGAACACGAUCCCACCUAAGCCGCCAAAGACCUUCUGGAGAUUGGUGUGGGAAGCGCUGCAAGAUGUCACCCUCAUCAUCCUCGAAGUGGCCGCCAUCGUCUCACUACUUUUAUCUUUCAUUCCUUCCAGUAGCGAAAAUGAGCUCGUUCACGAGGAGGACAAGUCUCACGAAUGGAUCGAAGGCCUGGCAAUUCUUAUUUCCGUCAUAGUCGUCGUCUUGGUUACUGCCUUUAAUGAUUACACCAAGGAGCGACAAUUCCGCGGACUGCAGAGCCGAAUCGAAGGCGAGCACAAAUUCGCCGUUCUGCGCGGAGGCGAGAGCAGCCAAAUCUUCGUCGGCGAGAUUGUCGUCGGCGACAUUUGCCAAGUGAAAUACGGAGAUUUGCUGCCCGCAGAUGGCAUCCUGAUCCAGAGCAACGAUUUGAAAGUGGACGAGUCGUCACUCACGGGCGAAUCGGAUCAUGUCAAGAAAAGCGAGCUGACGGAUCCCAUGCUUCUCUCCGGUACUCACGUCAUGGAAGGCAGCGGCCGGAUGCUGGUGGCUGCCGUCGGCAUCAACUCCCAGGCUGGCAUCAUUUUCACGCUGCUAGGUGCGGCCGCCGAUCAGCAGGAAGCGGACGCUAAACAACGGAAGAAAGAAGCUAAAAAACAACGGAAGAAGAAGAAAGGAGAUGUAGAGGAAGGCGCUGUUGGCAACAACAGCCACCCGUCAGAUCAUGGAGGGAACAACAUGGCCAGCAAACAGGAAGCCAGAGAAGGAUCCAGCGGACCGUCUGGCGAUGCUCCCAUCAAAGAAGAAAAAUCGGGCCACAAGGACAAGUCGGUUCUGCAAGCCAAAUUGACAAAACUGGCCAUUCAGAUCGGAUACGCCGGUUCGACCAUCGCUAUCCUGACGGUCAUCAUUUUGAUAACGACCUUUUGCAUCAAAACUUUCGUCUACGAGAACCAGCCGUGGAAAAACGAGUACUUUAACUACUUCGUUAAGUUCCUCAUUAUCGGUGUCACCGUCUUGGUCGUCGCCGUCCCAGAGGGUCUCCCCUUGGCUGUGACUCUUUCGCUGGCCUACUCGGUCAAAAAAAUGAUGUUGGACAACAAUUUGGUGCGGCAUUUGGACGCUUGCGAGACCAUGGGUAACGCCACCGCCAUCUGUUCAGAUAAAACGGGAACUCUGACGACGAACAGAAUGACGGUCGUCGCUUGUUAUGUCGGAGGACAGCAUUACAAAUCCAUCCCCAAGUACGAUUCACUUCCACCGCAGGUGGCCAACCUGGCCAUUCAAGCUAUUUCCAUCAACAGCGCUUAUACCUCGCGUAUUCUGGAUGGAGACUUGCCUAACGAACCCAUCAAGCAGGUUGGCAACAAGACGGAAUGCGCCAUGCUUGGUUUCGUGCUGGAUCUAAAGAAAUCCUACCAGAGCAUUCGUGAUGAGCAUCCGGAAGAGUCCUUCCACCGCGUCUACACCUUCAACUCUAGCCGCAAAUCGAUGAGCACCGUUAUUGCCCGUGAAGGGGGCGGCUACCGCGUUUUCACCAAGGGUGCAUCCGAGAUGGUGCUGAAAAAGUGCGCCUUUAUUUAUGGCGUCGAUGGAAAACUGGAGAAAUUCACUCGUGAGAAUCAAGAUGGGCUAGUGCGAAACGUAAUCGAGCCCAUGGCCUGCGACGGCCUGCGUACCAUCGCCGUUGCUUACCGCGAUUUUGUGCCGGGCAAGGCUGAGAUCAAUCAAGUCCAUUAUGACAACGAACCCAACUGGGAUGACGAGGAUGGAAUCAUCAACAAUCUCACGUGCAUGCUUAUCGUCGGCAUUGAAGAUCCUGUCAGACCUGAGGUCCCAGAAGCUAUUCGACAGUGCCAGAAGGCCGGUAUUACAGUGCGCAUGGUGACGGGAGACAAUGUCAACACGGCUCGAUCCAUCGCCAUCAAGUGCGGCAUUGUCACGCCCGGAAUGGACUAUUUAAUUAUCGAUGGCAAGGAAUUCAACCGACGUAUUCGGGACUCGAAUGGCGAGGUCCAACAACAUUUGCUCGAUCAAGUUUGGCCCAAGCUUCGAGUGUUGGCCCGCUCUUCACCCACCGACAAGUACACCCUGGUCAAGGGAAUUAUUGACAGCAAAAUAUCCGACAACCGGGAAGUAGUGGCCGUGACGGGAGACGGUACAAACGACGGCCCUGCACUUAAGAAAGCCGACGUCGGUUUCGCUAUGGGCAUCGCUGGAACGGAUGUGGCCAAAGAGGCGUCCGACAUUAUCUUGACGGACGAUAACUUCAGCAGCAUCGUCAAGGCUGUCAUGUGGGGUCGCAACGUUUACGACUCCAUCGCCAAGUUCUUGCAGUUCCAGCUGACCGUCAACAUCGUGGCCGUCAUUGUGGCUUUCUUCGGCGCUUGCUUCAUCCAAGAUUCGCCGUUGAAGGCUGUCCAAAUGUUGUGGGUCAACUUGAUCAUGGACACCCUGGCCUCAUUGGCCCUUGCCACUGAAAUGCCCACACCUGAUCUGCUUACGCGCAAGCCCUAUGGCCGCACUAAACCUCUCAUCUCACGAACCAUGAUGAAGAACAUUACUGGCCAGGGCAUCUACCAGCUGUCGGUCAUUUUCACUCUCGUCUUCGUCGGUGAGCAAUUAUUUGAUAUCGAUUCGGGCCGAUAUCGGGCCGAUACCGUACCCACCCAGCAUUUCACCAUCAUCUUCAACACUUUUGUGAUGAUGACUCUGUUUAACGAAAUCAACGCUCGUAAGAUUCACGGGCAGCGGAACGUGUUCUCCGGCAUCUUCACGAACCCCAUUUAUUAUUGCAUCUGGAUAGCCACAGCGGCUUCUCAGGUGGUCAUUGUGCAAUUCGGUGGUCAAGCGUUUUCCACUGCCCCCCUCACGAUAGCCCAGUGGGCCUGGUGCGUCUUUUUCGGCGUGGGAACCCUAGUUUGGGGCCAGGUGGUCACCACCGUUCCCACUAGCAAGAUUCCCAAAAUCUUCUCCUGGGGUCGAGGACACCCUGAAGAUAUUUCAGCUGCCAUGGGCGCUCUCACCGAGGACAGAUUCGAUGCGGAUGGUGAGAAGAAGCGGACGACAGGCCAGAUCCUUUGGAUCCGCGGCCUCACUCGACUUCAGACACAGCUGCGAGUGAUCAGAGCGUUCAAGUCUACGCUGGAGGACCUGGAGGAGAAGCGGUCCGAACACAGUGUGCACAGUUUACGGAGUUCAAGGAGUCAGUCGGGUCUUCGCCCGUUGUCGGACAUCACGUACAUAGACGACGACCCCUUACACAGGGCGGCAGCGUCGCAACAUCACACCCCCGAUCCGCGUCGUUAACGCCUUCCGCCAGGGGGUUGAUCCGCGGUUGAUGGAGCGCACCAACCCGGCCCUGGCAGCGGUGCUACAGCGACAAGCAUCCGCGUCUUUGGCGAAACGUUUGUCGCAAGCCUCUUCAAUUGACUACGCUGACGCCCCUGGAGCGACGGGGAUAGGUGAACGCGAGCGAGACUACUUGGCACCCGAAGUGGACAUGGAGCGACUCUCUUCGCGGAGCCACACGGAAACGGCCGUUUGAGGAAACAACAACAACAAAAAAAAGACAACAAAAUUAAUAAAUUAAUAAUUCAUGAUCUAAUGCUCUUCGAGGCGGAGAAGAAAAACUAAAAGAAAAAAACCUAAAAAAAAAAUCGAAAUAGGAAUCAAAGAAAUCCAUCCAUCAAAUACUGACUUUCCCUGACUUCCCAGUUCUUAAUUUCUGUUUUUUUUUUCUUCUGUUUUUGGAAUUCUCCGGCCCGAGUUCUGUAUGCAUCUGUUAACUCUCUUCCAACUGCCGAAACAUGUUCUCCGACGAUGAAAUUGAUCAGCCCAUACCACUCCAUUUCUUUAAUUCUCUUUGUGUGUUCUUAUUCUACCCGUUUCCCUUCAACGAGAAUGAUGUGCUAUGGUACGCUUACCUUUUUUUCUACCGUGCUAAUAUCCCCCAAUUCUUAGACGUCAAAGGAAAAACAAAUGGAAUGAGGAGCAGAAAAACACCCAAUUUUUACUUUGAAAAUUUAGCAAACAAAAAAUUGGAUUCAACGUCAAUUAAUUGUUCAAGUGAAUGCGAUUUUUGUUUUUGGUUCUUACUUUCUCUCAUUAUUAUUUUGUUUUCCUCUGUUCGAUUUUUCUGUGAGUAAAUUCAACUGCUGUUGAAGAGAAAGAAGGUAGUAUAACACAGGAAGUGAUUGCUUAGUUGGGAGGGGGAGAUAUUAAGAAACCCAGUUGCCGUGUCAUCAGAUUUCUACGACCCUCUUUAAUUGAAAAAAAAAAUACGCAGAGAGUUUGCAACCUUCUCGCCGAUGUCCGUCUAUUUAGAAAUAAUUCUGCAAUUUAAAGAAACCUCUUCGAUGUCCUCCUUAUAUAUGAUUUUGAAUUUCUCUAUACCCCCCACCUUGCUUUUUCGUUUGUUAUAUUUUACUUAUUGGGUUGAGUGGAGACACUUUUUCAUUUCUUUACUUGUAUCAUAUGAAAAAACCCCUUUUUCGAGUAUUGCCGUGUGUUUGCGUGUGCGUUCUCUACACUUCCCAUUCCUCUCCGACCUUGGUACACUUCAUUUUCAUCAUUUUGUUGGUUUUGGAAAUCUUUCGUUUCGCUGUAAUCUUCCUUUUGUUUUGUUUUCUUUCCUCCCUCUCUUUCUAUCUUUCCCUCACAGUGUGCUUUUUGUAAUGUACGUAAGUGUGCUACUUAUAUUUCCUCCUUCGUUUUCUUUUUCACUUCUUUUUACUUAUUUUAUUUCUUUCUUUUUUUUCGAAUUCAGAAUUAUUAAAGUGUGUAUCUCCCUCUCCAUCUCCCGAAAAAAAUCUCCCUCUCUUAGUUUAAAAUUGCCACCCUUUUGAACUCUUUUUAUCAUCUUUUUUUUUCUUCCGUGUCUUUUUUCCAUGAGGGAUGUUUCGAUUGGUUUCCAGACGCGAGGUCCUUAUAUACAUAGUAAACGAGAGAACAAAGCCAUAGUCUUACGUUGUCAACUCUGUUUCAAAUACUAUUUGAUACGAAUCGGUUCUCAUUAGUUCCUCGAUAUGUUUCGUCGGUUUCUCUUCUUACGUCCUCAUUUUUCCUUUGAUUCUUGAUUGAAAUCUUUUCUACAAGACCGAGAGAAAGAAGCAAUGACGAAGAUCCACCUAUAACUCUGACUCCCUCUCCCCCUCCCCCCUCUAAAUUUAUUGACCUACAAUUUUCUUUUUUAUGUUUCACUGCCAAUUUUCCACGAAUUGCCCGAAUGCAUGUGUAAUUUGUCUGUUUUCAGGAGUUUAAACAAGCGAGUGAAAGAGAUAUUGAAAAAAAGAGAAUUUAACUUGGGUUAAAAACGAGUGCGAAUGAGAGUGAAAUGUAAUACGUUCUGAUGUGGGGGUGGUGCCUUGUUUCACCGAUCACCCCGUUCUGCAAAGUCGCCCUUUUUUCAUUUUUUUUUUUUUGUUUUGUUUUGUUUGAGGAUACUUUCUCCAGUGAGUUUCAGGACGACUCUUUUCUGUUCUCUUUGAUAUCACCAUUUCUCUCUAAUCCCGACCUCUUUGGUUUAGAACAAGUUUCAAUUGGAAUUUCAUUUCCUCACACUGCCUCUCAUUCAGUUGGUUGUUAGAGUGGAAUCGUGGAGACAGAAAUGAAGCUUACAAACACCGUGUUGCCGGUAGGACAUAGAAGCAAUAGUUGUGUUAUAGGGGUGACGCCCGUGUAUGAGGAGAAUAGAAAAGAAAAAAGAAAAAAAGCGGAAAAUUCAUUCUGGUCGUCUUAUCCAACGCGGUUGUGUGCGCUAUUGCUACUCUCCGUUUGGUUAUUAAUUAUUUACAUAUGUAGAUUCAGUUUGAUUUCGUUUUACUGAAAGAAUGGCGUGAAAUAACCCACUGGGGGCUCCCUAUUUUUAAAGUUGUUAUUAAUGAGAGUUAAAGAAACACACAUAUAAAUAAUCGAUGUGAAAGCGGCGCCUGAUUUUUCCUUCUUGCAUAUAAUUUGGCAUUUUUAAAAAUUAUUAUUAUUAUUAUUAAUUCCCCCCUACCCAUCCGUGAAUCCAUGAUAGGAUAAUUUUUCGUUGAAUUCAUUAGACAGAAGCAUUUAAAAAAAAAGAGAGGCAUGGACAUUUUCACAUUGAACACUAUGUAAUACCUGCUCGGAUGGCCAAUUUGAACAAAAAAUGUUGCGUCACAUCGAGCGUUAUGAAAUAGAAAAACAAGAACUCGCGUGCGUGUGUGUUAAUUUUCCCUGUUCUUCUCUCCUGCUGUUUUUUUUAUUAUUAUUUUGUUUUAUUUUAUUUUUAUUUCGUGGUUUUCACCGUUGGCGAAGAAUCCAUAAAAAAGUUAUGCAUUGUAAUUGCUGUUGAAUAGCCAAGUAUUUCUUUUCAAAACAAUUUUUUUUUUCAAACUUCUCGUUACAUACUUUUAUUGUUGGUGCAAAGAAUAUUUGCGAAGCAAAAAUGUGUUUCUGCUCCUCCCUCCUUUCAUCCCACACCACUUCUGAAAGUGUUACUGAUUAACUAUAUGAUUAUGGAUUUUAAAAAACAAAAAAAAAAGAGAAGAGUGUGUUGUUUUUUCCACCCCUUCUUUUUCAUUACAAGAAGUCAAGAAAAAAAAAAGAAUUGUUUGUUAUAAGCGAAGAAAUUUUUACAAGUGUUGUUGACGUAGCGUUUUAUCUUAUGGUUAUUAUCUUUAUAUAGUUGCGCUCCAAAGGGUUCAUCGUUUUUCAUGACACACACACACACAAAAGGAAGACUGUUUUUUCUAAGUCACGUCGUCCUCUCUUGUCUUUUUUCUCUCUCUAUCUAUCUAUCUAACUAUCCAUCUCUAAACUUUCUCUCUCUCUGUAGCUUGUGGUAGCCAACGGUUGUUUGUUUUCUUCUCGAUUCCUUCCCAAUUUUAACGACUGAUCCCCCCCCAUCCCCCUCUGAUCCCCUCCUCCUGGAAAAGAAAAAAAUACUUAAAUAUCUCUAUUAGAGACAAAACCGGAAGUUAUUCUUAAUUCCACGACUCCAAUCUUUCCAUUAAAGGUGUAAAUGUGCCAGUGCAUUAUGUCAUAAUUUUAGUAAGGGGAGGUGAUGACAUUUGUCCCUGGCGGAGAAAAAAAAAGGAAAUGGGGAUGAAAUACGAGUCUGUGUCUCUUCGCAUCCUUCACACUUGUUUUCCCGUCAUUUGAUUUUACUUUUACUUUUAAGUUGGACGUGUUCAUUAUCUUUUUUCCCUCUAUUUCUAUGGCUGUCAUUCUUUCCAUCUUUUCUGGCUAGUUUUCUUUGAUUUGAUUUUAGGUUCAUUCGACAACAACAAACAAAAUAUGACUCUCCGCAGCUGAACUUAUAUAUUCCCGGAAUUAUUAUUAUUUUUCAUUUUUUCUUGAAACUUAAAAAAAAAAGUUCCCUUCCAUUUUCCGCUGAUGAUGAUUGUUUGACAACCAAAAACAUGAUGCUCUCUAUAGCCCUUGUAUCGAUUAUGCAGCCACGCGUAAUUCGCAAGUCUAAUGGAUAGAAGAGAGGAGCGUGAUUUCUUUUGAUUAUGAGGUUUGAGUUCCGAGUGGUCUUCUUUUGAUUUCCUUCAUUUCCCCGUCGACCCUUUGUCUCUCUCUUUUCUCUCUCACUCUUUUUCUAUCCAAUUUUUAAAUAUCUUAUCUUCGUAUAUUUCUCCUUGUACAAAUAAAACUUUGAGCUCUUG